AUCAUCUUUCGUUCGCAUCAUCAUCGUUUUCUGCUUCUCUCGAUCUAGCUGGCUAUCUGAAAAAAGCAGGAAAGAUCUUUGUAUUUCCGAGUUUAUUUGCGUUUUUGAUUAUCGCCUCCUUCUACUUGUCACUUCAUAAUGCUUGACCCUGAGCAUUCCUCGACAUCAUCCGGCCAGGCCGCCGCCGCGCAGCCACCGCCAUCAGGAAUCCGCAUCAUGCGCCGCGAGACUCCGAAUCCGAACGAUGUGAGCAGCGAGGCUUCGUCUGCCUCGGGAACAAACGAUUCGCAAGCGGCCCAGGAUUCGUCAACUGCGACUAGUGUCGCCGGAGGUCCGGGAUCGUCGUCGUCUACACCGUCCGCGUCGGGCUCGUCGGCAACCACUGGACCGGGCAGAUUGGCUACUACAUUAGAAGAGCGGGCCGCCGCGUAUGAAGAAGCAAGGAGACGGAUAUUCAAAGAUUUUGAGGAAUCAGAAGGCGAUAACGAGGACGGGGAGAUCAACAAGUCCAAGCUGAGCGAGACAGACUCCGGUAACCUGUCUGUCGGAUCCGGGCCUGAACCUGGACGGCGGGCAAACGAAGAGAAAGACGACGAUGAUGAUCCCGAUUUCUAUCGACGUUCUAUGUUUGUCCCUGUGGGUACCACGAAUUACUACCAGUAUUAUGACAAAAAUGGGCCAUACAGUGCACCGCCCCAUCAGCCAGGCCCCCACCCAGGCUACAACACACUGCCAACAGGCUAUAUGCCUUAUCAGCAGAGAGGAUUUACACCAGACCAUCAGGCGAUGCACGGCCCCGAACACUACAUGAGAAAUGAUCAAAGCAGAGCCGGCAUGAAUGAGUACGGCAUGCCACUACAGCCAAACCGGCCGCAACCGCAGAUGCCGCCGCCCCAAUUCGCAAACUACAAGCAACCGCCGCAGAUGCAGAUGCCGUACCCACAGUAUCCUAUGGGCACCGGAUAUGGCGACGAAUAUAGUCGAAGGAACUACGCCCAUCAGCAUUAUGCAAAGACCCCUGCUGUGAUGCCGACGCCGAUGCCACAAGGACAAAGCUAUCAGCGCGGAAUGUACUCGUCGCUGCCGGUAUCGCCAACGACGAUGGGUGCUCCAUACAUGGCUCCCAUGCCCCAAUAUCCGCCAGGGUACUACAUGUCUCCGGCUUCGCGCAUGCCAGUGCAGCAACCGAUGUCGCCGGAGAUGCAGAUGCAGAUGCAGAUGCAGAUGCAAACACAGAUGCAGAUGCAGCAAGUCCAGCAGAUGAAGGCUGCUCAGAUGCAACGGCCGGGCGCUCACUUCCAGCAGCACCAGAUGAUGAAUGCAGACUACAAUAACGGUGCGCGCUACGGAGUUGGUAUGCCUCAGCAGCCGAUGCCACGGCCAAUGCCACUGGGGAAGCAACAGCCUGCGGUAUAUCAACAACACAAACAACACCCUCAACAUCAGCAGCAACAUCAACACCAGCAGCAGCAACAGCAACAGAUGCUACAACAAAUGCAGCAGCUCAAUCUAAGACCGGGUCCAAUGCCGCAGCACAACCUCCGACCACAGUUCCCAGCAUACAACAAGCAGGCUCCAAGUCGAAGCCCGUCACAGCAGAGCAGUCCGGUGUCUACAGAGAUGCGCAAGGCGCCAGAACCGAAACAGGAGGAGCCUGCCGCCCCAGAGAGCAGGACGUCUGAAACGGCGGCAGAGCAAAGGCUGCAGGAAGACUGAGCACUGCGACGAGCUCUUCGCAAAUGUAUAUUAAUAAUUCAUUACAUAAACAUAAUUUAAGAAACUUUGCAGAUCAUCUGGCGCCGCACGCCAGGAACCUACGCACAAGACCGAGGCUGACCGGCCCUGAGCUCACAUGUCUGCCGUAUUUUCGCCAUUUCUGACAGAGGAGAGAUAUUCGCUGCUUGCAGACCGAGAUAUCGCUGGAUAGUACUGUGAUCAUUGACUACUCUCUGUUCUCCGUCGACUGUCUCCGUUCACCGCCCGAGUACAGCCAGUUCCUGACCGUUGCAGAUCCCACGGCGAUCUGCAGUUCCCUAUUAAAGCCAGAAAUUCAUUCCGAACCUUCACCCGGCAGACCAGAACUGCUUUGUCACUUAGAUGAUACCUACUCCCGAACUCCGAGAAGAGGACGCAGACUGCAGAGAUCACGUCGGAGUGGUCGCAGCUGGGCCUCAAGAACAAGAUGG